CUAUUCAUUUGCUAUGAUACUUUUACCUAGUAGUAUAAUUACAUAGAAUGUGCACAUUUUCUUUAAUUGUUGAUACUAUUGACAUCACAUAUGAUAUAUAGUUGAUAACGGUUGUUUGUUGUAUAAUAAUAAAGAAUCAAACAAAAACAUAUAUUGGAAACAAAUAAAAGAGAAUCUCAAUCACAUGUACAAAGUCACAGUUUUCAAAGGGUACAUUGAAAGCGACAGUUGCUUAUCACAUUGUUGUCAAAUUAUUUAGUUAACCACUACACUUAAAUAAAUGACUUACUUAAUUAUAAGCUUAUAACUAUAUUAACAAAACUGCAAAGUUGAAUUGGUCAGCCUUUGACCUUGUAAUGCAACCUCAUUCACUACCACCACCAUCCCACUUAAGGAUAUGAUACACUUUGGCUCUAUACUUCCUUAUACCAAAGACUUUUCUUCACUUUGAAAGUUUUGUCUUUUUUUUUUUUAAAUAAGAAAAAUACAUUACAAGAUUAAUUUAUAUAUGGUCCACCACUUGGUCAAAAUUUCAAACAUUCAAAUACAAUGCCUUUAUAUUCCAAACCAACGCUCAUCAGUUUCUCCACAAACAUAUAACACUUUCAUUCUCUCAUCAUAUGAUUCCUCAGUCUCUUCUCAUCAUAGAAUUCAGAUAAUAUAACUUAUAAUUUUAGAGCCUAAUAAUAACUUACACACAUUAUAUUUCUUUGUUCGAAUAAAAAUAUACUAUUUUGGGAAACAUAUAUUCUAAAUGGAAGGUCAAAAAGCUAUGCUAGCUUGGGAGCAAAAGACACUGCAAAGCGAGGUCAGUCUUGGCCUAGAGGCGGCGAAGAAGCUUCAGGCACGACUUAGUGAAGCAUCGUCGCCGUCAUCCUUAUCUUCUUAUCCGGCGGCUGAGACGAACGAGAUUCUCAUAGAGCAGAUACUCUCUUCAUACGACAAAGUUCUUGUCAUGCUAAACUGGUCUUCCUCGCCGCCCGUACAGCUUACUCCGGCAACUGUUGCUGUAGUUCCGGUGGUGAACUCCGGCGGAAUUCCUGAAUCUCCGGCGUCGAUUAACGGAAGUCCGAGGAGUGAAGAUGGAGGAGGUUCCAGCGAGAGUCAUCGCCAAGAUCACAUGUUCAAUUCCAGGAAAAGGAAGAUGUUACCAAAGUGGACAGAGAAAGUGAGGAUAAGCCCAGAAAGAGGCUUAGAAGGACCUCAAGAUGAUGUCUAUAGCUGGAGAAAGUACGGUCAGAAAGACAUUCUGGGCGCCAAGUUCCCCAGGAGUUACUACAGAUGCACACACCGCAGCACACAGAACUGUUGGGCAACGAAGCAAGUCCAGAGAUCGGACAGUGAUCCAACCGUUUUCGAACUGACGUACAGAGGGACACACACUUGUCAGCAGGGGACACCUCCUCCUUCUCAUCCUCCGCCAGCCUCGCCGGAGAAGAGAAACACCAGACCUAAACUCACCACCACUGCUCAAAAGCCUAACGACAUUCUCGAAAGCCUUAAAACCAGCUUAACGGUUCGAACCGAGGGACUCGACGACGCUGACAACGUCUUCUCGUUCCCUAACACGCCGCCGUUUUGUGAUUUCAGGACAAUCAACGACGAGUUCAGUUCUCCCAUCUUCGAUGUUGUUGAUUGGCUCAAUCCAACAGUCGAGAUUGAUCCGGCCUUUCCCACGUUUUUACAAGAGUCGAUCUAUUAUUAAAAAUUAAAAUGUAAUAGAGAAUAAAACCUAGUAACCAUUUUAUAGAAAUCACUUUGAGUU